UAGUGACUAAUGUGCAGUUGUUAUAUACAAAUGUUUAGUACGGAUUGUAAAAGCAAAAAAUACCAAUGGUAGCAGCACAUUACAGCUGUAAUGUUGGGGUAGUUUCGAGCUAAUAUGAACUAGGUGGAUGAGCUGCUUUUUCUAAGUAACCACAAUGAAGAAACAGGAAAACCAACCAGCCAAACCAACACCAGGCUGCCUCUCUGUGCCACUCUUUAACCAGAAGAAAAGAAACAGAGUUCCUCUGACCUCUGCUCCCUCUGAGAAUGAAUCCUUUUCCUACACUGAAUACAUUGCAAGCACCAACUCAGCUGCAUCUCAUAGCACACCAGGUGUAUAUGGUUGCUACAAGGUCUCAGGUCCAUCUUCUGGGGCUUCAAAAAACCAGUGGAACAGACAGACACAAGGUUCUCAGCCCCAGCAGUAUGGAAGUGCAAGGCCUGCUCCUGGACCUACCCCUACAAUGAGAAACUACGCAUUCAUGCCACAUCCAUACAAAGUUGAAAGCACAAGUUCUAACAUGGGACAGCCCCGCAACCCAGCCAGACAACAGGAAUCCAUCUCCAGUGUCAGUUCCACACAGUACAAGUAUCAAGCUCCUCACAUUAGUGAGAGUGCACAAAGCAAGCCAAGACCUCAUCCUGGGUUGUCUCAGAUGGAUCAGCAGCCAUCUUACAGACCACCCAAGCCCACACAUCAGUUUUUCCAGCAGUCUAGACCUCUGCCUCCUUCUCUCCCACCUUCCAGCAGGCCUUCUGCUCUUGCAGUGCAGCCACAAAACUCCUGGAAAUUUACUAACAGCUUUGGGCCACAGAGAUCCGGCUUUGAGGGGAAAAGGAGCUCAAGCCAACCUCAGACUCAAAAAUCCACUCAAACUCAGCAGCAAGCAUUUCCAAUGAAGCCAGCUACUGAGACCUCGCUGAGGAUUCUGACUGCAGUUAUUGAUGGCAUGAGACACUGGAGCCAGUUUAAAGACAAAGUCCCUUGCUUAUUUGAGCUAUUUGCUACACUAGACUCUGCAGUUACACUGGGUCACCACGGAGCCAAGAACUUCCUCAUGAGAGAUGGGAAGGCGGUUGUACAGUGUGUCUUUUAUGAAAAUGAGCAGGAACUGCCCCGCCUCAUCCGUGGUCAAGUGCAUCGCUGUGUGGGUAACUAUGACCGCAACAGAGAUGUCCUGAUAUGUGUGUCUGUCAGGCCCGGCCUGCCCUCGGAGCUGAGGAAUUCCCAGGAGGCUGUCAAAGCCUGUGAUGCUGAAAUGAGGGCGCUGGUCAAAUCACUCAGUGAGGUCUGAGAAUGAGUAGGUAUCUUCAGCACUACAAGACUAUUUGGAAAAAUGUAUACCAGUGUUUGUGAGAGCCAAGCUUAAUCCUUUAUAUUCAUAGAUUACUGUUGCUACAGAUUCAAGUUUUGCAUGUUUAAAAGUAUUAAAGUUUUUGACCUGUAAAAGGAGUUACUGCCGUUAGGUUAUCAUAUACAAGAAAAAUGUACUUGUACUUUAACAGUGGAAUUCACUUGCAUGUUCUGGUGUCGACAUUUUUUGUAUUUAUUUGUGAGAAAAAUAUAUAAAGAUUUGUUUCAAUUAACCAAA